AGGCUCAUCCAGUUUCUCAUAUCUCAAACCACUUUUUUUCUAUAAAUACCCACCAUGUGUAACCAAAAAGCAAUUAUAGUUCAUAACAUCAUAAUCCAAAUCAACGGUCAAAAAACAUUGCAUAAAUUUCAUCAUUAGAAGUUGUACAAGUUCUACGUUGAUGGCGAUGAGUCUUACACAUCAGAUUGGCGCUCUCUCAGGAACACCAUUAACGGUGGAAGCCACCACUACCGCCGAUUCAACAUCAAUAUCAACGGUUGCAACAUCCGCAUUAUGGAAACCCUCAGCACCAUCGUUAAAAUGCAAAGUCACGCGCGAUAACCUAACGGACGCUCUAUCACCACCGGUGAGUCCAUGCCUUUCGCCGAUAAGGGCGGAUCUAACGGCGGCGUGUAAAGCCUUCUCCGCCGUAGCGGAAGUGGAAACUGCGGCUGAUGAGAAAGAGUUUAUAGUAGGUGGAAAAGCGGUGAAGGAUAAGAGUGUAAAAGGUGUUCCGGUCUAUGUGAUGAUGCCGUUGGAUAGUGUAAAGAUGGAUAAUAGUGUGAACAGGAGAAAAGCGAUGAAUGCGAGUUUGCAGGCUUUGAAGAGUGCGGGAGUGGAAGGGAUAAUGAUGGAUGUGUGGUGGGGAUUAGUGGAGAGGGAAAAGCCAGGGGAGUAUAAUUGGGGUGGGUAUGUUGAAUUGUUGGAGAUGGCGAAGAAGCACGGCUUGAAAGUUCAGGCAGUUAUGUCGUUUCAUCAGUGUGGUGGUAAUGUUGGUGACUCCGUCACAAUCCCUUUGCCAAAAUGGGUAGUGGAAGAGAUGCACAACGAUCCGGAUCUUGCAUACACUGAUCAAUGGGGGAGAAGGAACUUUGAAUAUGUGUCCCUUGGUUGUGAUUCUCUCCCUGUCUUGAAAGGGCGGACGCCUGUGCAGUGUUAUGCCGACUUCAUGCGUGCUUUCCGGGAUCAGUUCCAACACCUCCUAGGGGAAACUAUUGUGGAAAUUCAAGUUGGGAUGGGUCCUGCCGGUGAGCUACGUUACCCUUCAUAUCCAGAGCAAGAUGGAGUAUGGAAGUUCCCUGGAAUUGGAGCCUUCCAAUGUUUUGAUAAGUACAUGAUUAGUAGCUUAAAAGCGGCUGCAGAAGCUGCUGGUAAACCCGAAUGGGGUCAUUCAGGUCCGACUGAUGCUGGCCACUACAACAACUGGCCGGAAGACACCCAGUUCUUCCGUAAGGAAGAUGGAGGUUGGAGCACUCCUUAUGGUGAAUUCUUCCUCACUUGGUACUCCCAAAUGCUCUUAGAUCAUGGUGAGAGGAUUCUUUCUUCAGCUACCGAAAUCUUCAGGGAAAAGGGUGUCAAAAUCUCGGUAAAAAUCGCUGGCAUUCACUGGCACUACGGAACUAGAUCCCAUGCUCCUGAACUAACUGCUGGUUACUACAACACAAGGUUCCGCGAUGGAUACCUUCCAAUAGCCCAAAUGCUAGGUCGUCAUGGUGCCAUUUUCAACUUCACCUGCAUCGAGAUGCGGGAUUACGAACAGCCGCAGGAUGCUUUGUGUGCUCCUGAGAAGCUUGUAAAGCAAGUUGUUUUGGCCACUCAACGAGCCGGUGUCCCCUUAGCCGGUGAGAAUGCAUUGCCGAGAUAUGAUGAACUCGCCCAUGAGCAGAUUCUGAAGGCCUCAGCUCUGCAAGUGGAUGAAAAUUCAGGCGACAGAGAUAUGUGCGCGUUCACUUACUUGAGGAUGAACCCGGACUUGUUCCAAGCCGAUAACUGGAGAAAAUUUGUCGCAUUUGUAAAGAAGAUGGAAGAAGGGAAGGAUGUGCACCGGUGUUGGGAGCAAGUUGAAAGAGAAGCUGAGCAAUUCGUACAUAUGACUCAGCCACUUGUUCAAGAGGCGGCUGUUGCUCUAAUGCACUAGUAAUUUUAAGGGUACAACAUUAAGCACACUGCCAGAAAUCACAAAUAGUUUUAUGUUAUGUUAAUUUUAUUUCAAUUUCAGAUCCUUUAUUUCUGUAAUCUUUCAGUACCCUCUUUAUUUAUUGACAGGGUUACUGUUCUACUGUUCUAUUAUGUAGAUGAAGAUGAGUAUUAAACUUUAAUACUGUAUUUCUAUAAUAUGUACAGUAUACCAUCUGUAUUAUUGCUGAGGUCUGUUUUAUUAUGUGAAUUUUUCAGGUAAAGUUAAUAUGGACGAUUUUGAGAUGGAAAA